UUUUGCCCUGAAGGUGGUUCAGUGGUCGGAGUCGGAGACGGUGCGGCUGCAGCUCUGGGACAUCGCAGGACAGGAACGUUUCACAUCCAUGACCCGCCUGUACUACAGGGAGGCCUCAGCCUGUGUCAUCAUGUUUGAUGUCACCAACAUCAGCACCUUCAGCAACAGCCAGAAGUGGAAGCAGGAUUUGGACAGCAAGCUCCUGCUGCCAGACGGGAAUCCUGUGCCUUGCCUGCUGCUGGCCAACAAGUGUGACCUUUCCCCCUGGGCAGUGACAAGAGAAGAAGUGGAUCGGUUCAGCAAGGAAAAUGGCUUUUCGGGAUGGGUGGAGACUUCUGUCAAGGAAAACAAGAAUAUCAAUGAGUCCAUGAGAGUGCUGAUUGAAAAGAUGAUGUCCUCAUCCACGGGUGAUGGAAGUUCCUCCACUGCUGGGAGUGGGGAUUAUAUUAACUUAAAAGAGACCUCCCCACCAGGCUGGGCGUGCUGUUAGAGCCCCUGACACACCAUCUCCUGGGCUCUAGCAGUCAUGGUCCUUUUAUCAUCAUCAUCAUUUCUCCCUGAACUGGCUCUGGCUGGUUUUGGGGUGGUUUUUUUACAAGCUCAUGGGCUGUUUCCUGUGUAGUGAAUAUUCUUCCUCAGCAGAGCAUUGCUGCAGUGACUCGAGUGAGGAGUGGAAAGGAGAG